CCAUGGUUGUUGUUGUGCUCAUGCUGGCUGCCCUGUGUGUCCUUCUGCGUCGUAAGCGGGGGUGAAGCCCGUGGUGGUAGCCUUGUCCGAAGUGACAACAUCAUGGAUGGCCGCGGAUGGGCGUCGGACACACCCGUGUCGGGAGGGCAAGGAAGCCGGUUUCCGAGGCACAUGGGGAACGAGAACCUCGGUUUCGAAGCCGAGCUCUCCAUGGGACUGUCUUCUAUGACGUCGGACUCUGAGAACUGGAUUCGUCCUCGCCAGCAGACAUCCAUGCACAGUCGCUUCCCGGGCACGUACACAUCCGGCAUGGACGGCUCGACUAGAGUUGUCACAGACCCAGCUCAACGUGCUCAUCCUUUAGCUUCGCCAGCGGUGGGUGGAGCUGCAUGUGCUCCCGUUCACACAACGCAGAUCCAGGGCGGUCCUCGUCCUCAAGCCUUCCAAGGCGCCUCCUUUAUGCCUCCCCCGGCUCCCGCGUGUAUGCUGCCGCCUUCGGUCGACCGCUUACGGACCGCCGCUGUGGAGAGGGCGUGGUCGAAUGUCCGCAAUGUUGGGGGUGGUGUCGUCGAAGAUGUGGGAGGGGUGCGGCAGGUCGUCAAUGCGCCCCCUUCACCUAUGGAUCAAGGUGAAAGGGACGACCGACGCAGGGGUGAGGAAGCACGUCCGGCGGUAGCGGAUGUUCAUGUAGGACAACAAGGCUCGUCAGGCGGGAAUGGCAACCGCGGUGGACGUGUGGCGGAGAGUGGCAGUGACGUGGACACAGGUGACGACAAUGCACGGGUGGAUGGAGGCGGUGCACCUGCGAAGAGGCGAACCAGGCCAUGGCCGCUCGAGGAACGCCUCGAUCUGGCGAGGUUCAUGAAGGAAGAUGAUGCAAUGAUGACAAUGGCGUCUGGUCGACUGAAGCACGCCAGACGGUCGGUGAGGAACGAGUGGGUGUCAAGGAAGAUGAGGGAGGCUGGGUGGAUACGGUCUGCGGAGGACUGCAGGAAGAAGUGGUCUGAACUCAUGGGCAAGAUGAAGGACAUCCUGCACAAGUGCAAAGCAUCAGGGAAGCAGUCGUAUUGGGACAUGAGCGUCGAAGACAAGAAGAAGGAGGGAAUCCCGACGACGUUUGAGCAGCCGCUGUGGGAGGAGAUGAAGGUGAUGAAAGCGGUGUUUCCUUCUGAUAAGGAAACACCGCUUGGCAAUGGCUCUUCAGAAGGCGGGGGCCGGAGCAGUGCGACCACCGAAGAAGACGACCGCUUGCGUAAGAAACGGCGUGGGGCGACGGGAAGAGAGCGUGUUGGUGACCGCCCGCCGGUGCUGACUGUGGAGAGGGCUCUGCUAGAUUCCAGCAUGGCGGUGAAUGAAGGGACGGAGAAGGCGGCUGGCACUCUGGCCCGGGCGAGCACAAAGGGUGCGCAGCUGCUGGCGACCCAGGUCAGCGCUGUUGCCAGUGCCAUAAAGGAAGGAAAUGCAGUGCUGCAAAUGUUGGUCGGCGUCAUGGCUGACCGGCGGCGAAACGGUAACGGCAAUCGGGAAGGAGAACAUGGGGACAGCAGCCCCUCCACCUGGUGAAACUCCAGUCGGUGACGACAACAGCGCAUGUUGGGCGACGA